AUGUGCAUCCCCCAUUCAGUUCACGCUGAGCUCUCACUGAAUGAACUUCAGACAUGGACAAAUUCACCACAGCGCUGUGAAGAGCUAAGAUUUUACAAUGCAGCAGUUGUCUGAAAACGGCCUGCAGAAAUGUCAGACAAGAAGCCCAAAAACCCAGACGCACGACCCAAGAACCUUCGGAGCUGGAGUGCCGAUAGUUACAUCCGCAGCAUUAAAAAACGCUCCCGGGGGUCCCGCCACGAGACAGUUCCCAGAGCGGAUGAGGGGGAGGGAAUGGAUGACCAGAGCAUGCGCUCCGCCUCGUGUCCCCGGAGACGCAGGGAAAGAAAGUGCAGCUGCACGAUCCCAGGAGAACCUGAUUCUGACUCUCCUUGCAGAAAAGGCCUGUCCCGUCGAUCCCUGAGACAAAAGUUUCAGGACGCCGUUGGUCAGUGUCUUCCUCUUCGCAGUCAUCACCACCAUCAUCAUCACCAGUCUGGUUCUUCACGUCCGUUCUCCGUCCUUCUGUGGUCCAAACGAAAGAUUCACGUUUCUGAGCUCAUGGAGGAUAAGUGUCCCUUCUCCCCAAAGUCUGAACUAGCUCAGUGUUGGCAUCUCAUCAAGAAGCACGGCACCAAACCUUCGCCUUUAAACAUCGCAGCGGAACCCAAAAGGCCCGUGUUGACUUCCUCGCCUCCGACGCUCAUUUCCUGGGAGGAGAUCAGUUCCAAUGGAGCUUCCAGCUUGGACGACUGGGAUCCGUCUUUUUUUAAUGGGGACAGCCAGUGUUGUUCUCACACUGACUACAUUUUGGUACCUGAUCUUCUUCAGAUCAACAACAGCCCUUGUUACUGGGGCGUCCUGGACCGUUUCGAAGCCGAGCAACUUUUGGAGGGACAACCUGAGGGCACUUUUCUUCUCCGAGACUCUGCCCAGGACGAAUAUCUCUUUUCGGUUAGCUUCAGACGCUACAGUCGUUCCCUCCACGCUCGGAUAGAGCAAAAUGGGAAGCGUUUUAGCUUUGAUGGGCGCGACCCGUGCAUGUACAGAGACUCCAGUGUCACGGGCCUGCUGAAGCAUUAUAGCGACCCCUCCACCUGCCUGUUUUUUGAGCCUCUUCUCUCUCGCCCUUUACCUAGGAAUUUCCCCUUUUCUCUACAGCACAUGUGCAGGGCGGUUAUCUGUAGCCGUACAACAUAUCCGGGCAUUGAUGUCCUGCCUUUACCCCAAAGUUUGAGGCACUUCCUAAGGCAGUAUCACUAUAGAUGCAAUGGAGCCUGUGCUAUUUGA